UGCCUCCCGAGCCUCAGUCAGAGGCGAUUCAAUCCUCCAGUGAACUGCGUGCGUGGGCCGAGGACUUGGAAGAGAACUUCUGAGUAAAUAGACAAGAGGUCAACCACACCCAACCCCUCGGCUGAAGAUAGCAUGGCAACGGCGAGUACCUCAGGACAGAGCACCUUUGGGCUCGGGAGGAAAAAGAAGAACCCAGGACUCAUGGAUCAGAUUAGCAAAUUGUUUGGAGGAGAGAAGAAGAAAAGGAGCAAGGGGUCGUUCCGGGGUCAUCUGGCCUCCUCACCCCAGCAAUCUUCUGCUCGCCGUCGGCCCAACGAAAAUGCUGUCAUGCAUUUCUUCAGGAGCAUUGUUUCCUCUCCUCGUCCUAAAUCCAGGUGGAGAGAAGUCUUGGGCUUGGCCUCCUCGCCACGUGCUGAGAGCACAAAGUCGCCGGUCAGAAGACGCAGAGACCAAAGUACACUGUCCAGACUCUUCAACCUGGGAGAAACUAAGUCCCGUCCUCCCCCUAAACGCUGGAGCACCAUCUUCUAAGCUCUCCACCGAGGACCAAACUACAGACGCGUGUGCGCCGAUAGAAAACAAAGAAGAAGAAGGUGAAACAGAUCAGCCUGCGGCGGACUCACAACCUCAAGAGACAUUAACCCACUAACAAAAGCCUCGUGUUUCUACAGACAGUGAUGCAACACUGACGCAGGGAUGUGGGUGGUCACCACGCCAGUGUUUUCUUUAUAGUCUUACUUCCUGUCUUAUAGUCGUCAUUUAGCUGUAAUUAUGUGUUCAUGAGAGUGUAAAAUCAUCCUUUUGAGUGUCUGAUGGUCCUGUCGUAGUGUCUGCUGUCUGAGGUUUGUUUGGACCAAAAGGUUUUGUUCUACUUGUCCUACCCGUCGUUUGACUUUUGUACACGAGUGGCGCUUCAUGUACCUCGCUGCUUCCUGUAGAAACAACUCACACGCCGAAAAAAAAUCAACAUGGAUUCUUCUCCUCAUGAAGUCUCAAAAAUGUGAGACUCACAAGCCUUAAUGUUGUUUUUCUAAUGUAACACCUUUGUUUUCCUUGUUGCGAUUAAUACAAAAUGUACAGUUUGUUGCUGUGAGUGUGAAUGAAGAGAAUAAAAAAGCCCUUUUCAAAUGCACUGUGACAUAACGCACUGUAAAUACAACAACCGCUCCUCUGUCUUACAGUAGCUUCAGUCUCAUUUGUUGUAAGUGAUUUGUUUGCGUUGUUAAAUUAAGUUGGAAGUUUUAACGUCAUUUGAAAGUAGACAGACAGACGGUUUCAGUCGAUGGUUAGAUCGCAAGUGGCUCAGUGGUUUAAGGCGGACGGUAGCGUGAGGCGUUUACUGAAGGACUUCAAUGUUUGAGGCAUGUUUGUCAUUUUGUUGUCGUACAGGGCAUGUUUGUAAGUUCACUUUAACGUGCGUAGUCAAAGACACUUUUUUGCAGUUGCUGAUACGUGAUGGUGCUACAUGUUUCCUCUUUGUGUAAAAGGUUUUUUUAAAUGUUCUGUCUAACUGGAAAUAAACACUGUUUGUUGUCUCUCAGUUAAGAGGUA